UCAGGGCCAGAUUCAUGGCCGCAGCAAUAUGAACACUGUGGAGGAAUGCAACAAUCUCCCAUCAACAUAGAUACAAAAUCAGUCAGCUAUGAUCCUGAUAUGGGAGCGUUUGAUUUUUCCCAGUUCGAUGUUUCCUCAAAUUCUCAUGUAUUUAAUAUUACCAAUAAUGGGCACUCAGGUAAAUUUAUAUCACAUAGUAAUGAAAUGUACUGCAAGGGUGGAGGGCUGCCAGGAGAAUUUAAAACUGCUGAAUUUCACUUCCACUGGGGGUCGGAUGAUUCUAGAGGUUCGGAACAUGGUAUCGAUAUGAAAAACUAUCCUUUAGAGAUGCACAUAGUCCAUUAUAAUACGAAAUAUGGAACGUUAACUAAUGCUAAAUCUCAACCAGAUGGACUAGCUGUAUUAGGAGUUAUGUUUGAGAUUUCGGAGACAGACAAUCCUAAUUUUGAACCGAUUACUUCAGCACUACAUAAUAUACGCAGAGAAGGAGAAAGGGAGGCUAUCACCAAUCUUCAUAUUUCCAACUUAUUACCCAAGAAUCCAGAAAUGUUUUAUCGCUACAAGGGAAGUCUUACUACCCCGCCUUGCUUUGAAAGCGUAACUUGGACUAUUUUUGCUGUUCCUCAGAAAAUAUCCUCAAAACAGGUG